UUGGUUUCGGUUUCUGUGCCUUACAGUGUUGUACUGUGUUUAUGUUAGAGUUUUUCCAUCAUGUUACUAAAAGGCAAUAAGGACUCUGGAGCUGCAGUAUUGUGAGUGUAACGCUUUGUUAGCCUUUUGUUUUUAACAUACAAGCACACCGUGUAUGAUAGAAAUGUUUUAAGGAAGAAUUUAUUGCAUAAUUCAUGAGCAGUUCUGUUCUAACUGUGGGUGUCUGUGAAAUUAGAAAACAUUGCAGUAUGGUGUUAUGUUCCUCACUUGUUAUUGUUUUGUGUGUGUUUGGUGUGUUAGCAUAAGAAUUAGCUGCCAAAGGCUUGUUUGCAUUUGUGUUAUGGUUUCUCUUAGCGACUACCUAUUCAAGCUGCUGCUAAUCGGAGACUCUGGUGUGGGGAAGUCAUGUCUGCUGUUGCGGUUUGCUGAUGACACCUAUACUGAAAGCUACAUCAGCACAAUAGGAGUUGACUUCAAAAUCAGGACUAUUGAAAUGGACAGCAAGAUAGUUAAACUGCAAAUUUGGGAUACAGCUGGUCAGGAGCGAUUUCGCACUAUUACCUCUAGCUAUUACAGAGGUGCCCAUGGUAUUAUCAUUGUAUAUGAUGUUACUGAUCAGGAAUCCUUCAACAACAUAAAGCAAUGGUUGGAGGAGAUUGAUCGCUAUGCAUGUGAAAAUGUCUCAAAGUUGUUGGUGGGGAACAAAAGUGAUUUAACUUCAAAAAAAGUGGUGGACUUCACUAUAGCAAAGGAAUUUGCUGAGACUCUUAAAAUGCCAUUCUUGGAGACAAGUGCAAAGAAUGCAAGCAAUGUGGAGAAGGCGUUUUUAACGAUGGCCUCUGAAAUCCAGAAGCGGGUUGUGGAAGACAACGUUCAGAACGAAACUGUCAAAGUGGGAAAAAUCAAUAGUGCUCCAUUGUGGCAUGGAGCACAGAAAGCAACGGCUGAGGAAGUCAACACCUGCUGUUAGUGCUAACAGACUUAUCACUGAGUAUGUUUAUGGCAUUUGGAUAUUUAAAAAGAAUAAUUUGACAAAAAGACUAAUUUCACAGAUUAUAUUGAUGUCUUAAGUUGGUUUAUGAAUGAAUAUGCUACAAAAACCUGUUGUACUGUGUUGUGUAUUGUUGUAAAGGAUUUAAUGUCAGAUUAAAUGAGUAUGGUAACAAUGGCAGUUCAAUGAUGGACACAGUUAUUUAGCAAACGCAUUAAUUUAAAGAGUGAAAUAUUCAUUUAUUGCUCAUAAAUUAUAGCUAUAACACAGUAUAAUAUUAAAAAGAAAGCCCAAGUUAGAUUAUUCUAAAUGAUUAUCUAUUUAUCUUUUGGAUAUAUAUGUAGCCCCUGAUUCUAUAUCCCUUGAAACGUCUUAAACUGCCAGGACAGUAGGUCCAGAUUUCGGUUCAUAAUGCUCAUAAAUACAUGUAUUUUCUAUACAUUGUACACUGUAGUCAUUAAUGAGUAUGUUUUAUUUAUGAAACUGCAAAGAACUGAAUAAGCAGGGACUUUAUAUAAGAUAUUGUGUUUUUGUCUGCUAAUGGUUUUUAUAAUGCAUAUAAAUGUUUGGUCAGGGUAAAAUAACAUUCAUCAGAAUGUCAACCAAACAGAACAAUUGCACAACUUUAAAAAGAACAAGAUGGACCUCUGUUCAUAUGGGCCACUGACAGUUUGACUAGAUGAAUUAUAAAUGAAUAUCAGGCCUUAAAUUUUGAUUAAUAAAAUAAAAAAAUGCUUUGGAACAAUAUACAUUUUUAAUAUUCAAAAGAUUAUGUUAUGUGGAGAUACAUGAGCAGAUUAUUUUUUUUGUUUUUAUUUGAUAGCCCAAAAAUUAUAAUAAAAA